ACUACAAGAUCCAGAAUAUGUGGACUUUACUAUACGCAGCCCUUGUCUUCCAAGCAGCCCGAUGUACAGACAGGAAUUUAUUUGUGACAAGAUCUCAUGACCCUGGAGAAACAAUUACUCUCAGCUGUCCACGUUCUGUCAAAAAGACAGACAUGUCAACAUUGCAUUGGAUCAGAGUUCUUUCUGGAAAUUUCCCAGAAUUUUUAGGAGGAACUUUUAAUUUUGAAUAUGAAGGGUUGAACAAGACUCCUCGCACCACGACAGAACAGGGCAAUGGAACAUUUGAUCUGACCAUACAUCAGUCUACUCUCAGCGACACUGGAUUUUACUACUGUGUGAAAGUACAACAACUUAAGAUGGAAUUAGUGUUUGGAGUAUUCUUAAAAAUAAAGGACGUGAAAGUGGAGAGUCCAGAUCUGUCUGGUCCAGUGGACUCAAGAGACUCUGUGGAUCUUCAGUGUUGGGUCCAGAUGGAGAAUGCUCAGUGUUUUGAGGAGCGCGUAGUUUGUGCUGUGGCAGCCUGUGGAAACAUUCUCUUUGGGAAUGGAACUAAAGCCAUCCUCAAAGAAGAGAAAACCAUUCUCAUCUUGCUGAGUGUUGCUCUAACCAUCAGUAUCAUAGUUAUACUGGUGCUCAUUUAUUUCAUCAAGAAGAGGACUGGACUCUGUUUCCAUGUUGGACAAAAUUGCACUGAUGAAAGAGUCAGUGAUGAACAUUCAAGGCAGUUGGGAGAUGCUCAGGUGAUGUACUCUGCCCUCAAGUACAAGAGCAAAGCUGACAGGUCCCAGCGCAGAGCCGUGAAAACAGAGGAACAAGUGCUCUACUCUGAUUCCCUGUUUGAGAGUCUAAGGCUGAACGGACAGACAGUGGAGCAGGUGGAGUCCUAUUGUGCCAGUGAUCCUGUGUUUGAGACAGAGACCUCCGAUGUGGGACAAACAGUGACUCUACGAUGUCCCCGAGACUCUGUGGAUCUUCAGUGUUGGGUCCAGAUGGAGAAUGCUCAGUGUUUUGAGGAGCACAUGGUUUUGUGGUUCAGGUCUGGACUGGACCAGUCUGGUCCUGGUUUAGUCUACACUCAGAGGAACAGCUCUGCUCAGUGUAAGAGGAGCACAGAAGAUCCUGGUCCUCACAAAUGUCUCUACACUUUGUCCAAAACCAUGAGCCCCUCUGACACAGGGACGUACCGCUGUGCUGUGGCAGCCUGUGGACUCAUUCUCUUUGGGAAUGGGACUAAAGUCAAUAUUAAAGGUAUUUACAACUUACACAUUAUCUGAACAUAUCACUGAUUUCAACUUUUCAUUUGUCCAUUCUUAUAGAGAACAAAUGUGAUUUU